AAAUCUGGCAAUGAUUAACGUGCACAGCUACUAUAUGUCAUUUCCUGUUCAAUUUGAUACACUCAAGUUAUCGCGCACAAGUUUCUCCUUAAGCCGAUCGCAAGGGCACUUUCCGAUUUACAUGACAGCUACAGCAUCCUAAAAUUUACCAAAGAAAGCAAACGAUCCGGACUUUUAGACGGCAAAUUCAAACGGGUCGUGAUGUUCUCAGAGAUCGUUUGCCGAGAAUGGAAUUCUAUUCGUGUGAGGUUCUGGAGUAUUGGUUACAAAAAGCGGCUUUCUCUUCUGAUUCUUCUGCUCUUACUUCUGGGAUGUUUUCUAGUCUGGUCUUCGCUUAUGGUGGAUUUAUCUGACCUGAAAUUUACGCAAGAGAAAGACGAUGGUGUUAAUGACAGUAGCGUAUGGGAUAAAUGGGUUAUCGCAAACGGACUGCGAGCCAUUGGAGACAUCUACGAUAGCUGUGAUCACAAUGAGGUGAGGAAAAAGAUCGGAAAGAUUAUCAUUCAUUAUGACCCAACGGAGAGGAGAGUAAUAGGAACAGCAGUUGCGAAUUUUACAGCAAAAGUCAGCUUGAAAGGUGGUGUAGUGCAUGUAGUGGCUCAAUUUGAAGGCAGAACCCUGUAUGAUGUCAAACACAAUGUCUGCAAAAUAGAAGCUGCAACAUUUGGUUGUCCAAUGCAUGAAGGUCAGGAAUUGAGUAUUUAUGAACCAUUUAAACUACCAAGACACAUUCCAAAGGGUAACUACUUUGCAACUGCAAAGCUGAUAAAUGAGGAUGGAAUUUGCCUUGGCAUGACAGAAUCCAACAUAAAUCUAUGAGAUAAAUUUAGUGUACAAAUAUAGAAAAAUGAGGUUAAGUGUAUCACUUAACAGCAGCUUGAGUUAGCUUCCACACAAACAGUAUGAAAAUGCACUUGUAUUUCUAAACAAAUUACAAUUUGCUCAUGGAAUUAUGUUAAGUGCAUUAAAUUUAAUAAAUUAUCUUAGAACAUAUUUAUCAACAAUUUCAAAUUAAGUGAUGUCUGCACCCCAAGUAUUAUCCAAUUAAUAUGCAUUAAAAAUGUCUGAUUAUUCAAAGACAAGAAAUCACCUUUGAACAAAGGCCCAUAGAGUCAUUACCAAUUCUUAUCAAUUAUUUCUCAUUACAUCUCAAUACAACAUGAGAUAAUACUGUCCAAUGUACUGAUAGCUUUGAUUAGUACAGUAGAUGAAACUUAUUUGCCUCACAAUGGAGUCACUUUGGAUGUUGAUUGCAAUGUGUUGACUGUAACACUGCUAGUCUUCAUCAGGCAGUGAGGUUGAUUGUUUAUGUGUUGUUAUUUGUAGCACAUUAGUUUGCUGCUGUUAAACCAACAUGCUACAAAUAGUGAGACAAACAAUCAACCUCAUCGCCUGAUGAAGACUAUCAGUGUUGCAGUUGAAAUGUCGUGAUCAACAUCCUUGGUGACUCCAUCGUGACAUGAAUGAAUAGAGUUCAUCUCCUAUCUUACGCCACAAUGAACAAUAACCACACAUUUUAUUACAUUUGAUUAGCAUGUUAACAAAAGACAAAAGUAUAGUUGAAGAUCAUGGAAAAGACAAAAUUUGAUGUGGAUCAAUUGGAUUAAUUUUCUUUUUGUUUCACUUCAUCAUCAUUCAUUAUUAACAAAAUGUUUCUUACAGUCUACCAGAUGAAAAGGGAAAACAAAUUUUGAUAGUCAAAAGAUACCUUUAAUUUUGUUUUAAAAUUACAUUAAUAUUUAUUUUCAGAAGCUGCUUUUUUUUAUGUA